UGGCGUCGAGCGGUGGGCGAAUGCCCGGCCAAACUGCCACAAUUUCUGGGACUGGUAGGUCCAAAACUCCCGUCCGAGUUGGGUAUUAUGAGAUCGAAAGGACCAUAGGAAAGGGGAACUUUGCUGUCGUCAAGCUAGCCACACACGUCAUCACAAAAACAAAGGUGGCGAUUAAAAUCAUCGAUAAGACUCAAUUAGACGAAGACAACCUGAAAAAGAUCGUCCGGGAGGUCCAGGUCAUGAAGCAACUUCGGCACCCACACGUCGUCCGUCUGUACCAAGUUAUGGAGACGGAACGAAACAUGUAUCUAGUGACUGAAUACGCCAGUGGAGGAGAAAUAUUUGAUCAUUUGAUAUCCCAUGGACGAAUGACAGAAAGAGAAGCAAGACAGAAGUUUAAGCAGAUUGUAGCUGCCGUUCAUUACUGCCAUUGUAUGAAAAUUGUGCAUAGAGAUUUAAAAGCGGAGAACUUGUUGUUGGACGCUAAUAUGAAUGUAAAAAUAGCAGAUUUUGGUUUUAGUAAUUUUUUUGAGAAAGGUCAGUUGAUGAAGACGUGGUGUGGAAGUCCGCCCUACGCUGCUCCGGAGCUCUUUGAAGGGAGGGAAUAUAACGGACCUAAGGCUGAUGUUUGGAGUCUUGGUGUUGUCUUGUAUGUACUAGUAUCUGGUGCUCUUCCAUUUGACGGGCCGACGUUACAGGCUCUAAGGUCACGCGUCCUGUCCGGUCAGUUCAGGGUGCCGUUUUUCAUGAGUCCAGAGUGUGAACAUCUGAUCAGACACAUGCUCGUCCUUGACCCGUCCAAGCGUUACAACACAGAACAGAUCCUGAACCACAAGUGGACGAAGAUGGGCGAGUUGAACGCGCAGUUUGACGAGAUGAUCGCAGAGUACGACAAGGUGGCCAUAACGGCAAACGGGCCCAGUCCAAUCAACGAACUCAUCGUGCAACACAUGGUCUCAUUGGGUAUAGAAAGAGAUCUCAUCGUGCAGUCCUUGAGCGGUAAAAGCUUCGAUCAAUUCAGUGCAAUUUAUCACCUCUUCCUCGACAAAUUAAAACGACACCAAAAAGCCGCCGCCCAUCCCGCCGAAAACAACCGCAAUGCUCAGGCCACUGCUACGAGCUCCUCGCCGUCGCCGAGCGACAGCGCGACGUCGGACGGCGUCACGUCGAUGUCGUCGGCGUCGUCGCUGACCUCGGGGACGAUGAAGCGUCAGGUGCUACUGCCGGGGAUGAUUCCCCAAGUCCGGUUUACGAACGAGAAUGAUCAGAUUGUUCAGGCCGGUCAACCAGUCGACGUCGACAGCGAUCCAGAAGAACCCUGCCCGGAAGCCCUCGCUCGCUACCUCCAGAUGAGACGCCACACCCUCGGUCUUGCCGACCCGAGCCAAGAGGUCCCCGACAACAUGAAGAUGAAGAUCUUACCUGCCCACAUCCAGGAAGGAGGGAGCCAUUCCGGUGCGGACCGGCAUCACCUUUUACCAACGCUGACGCCGGUCGUGCUCAACACCAAUUUGCCAAUGAACUUGCCACUGUUAACAGGUUACAACCAGGUUGAACAACCGGUAACGUACAAGGAACAGAAUCUACUCAAGCCACCUGCUCUGGAGGCUACAGGGGGUCAUGGCAACUUUAAUCGGAGGGCGUCGGACGGCGGCGCUAAUAUGUACUUGCAUUUACAGCAGUUCCAGAAUCAAUUCCUGAGCAAGAGAACGAGUCAGCCCGUCCAUGUGGACCUAGCCGGACAGACCUCGGGAGAGUCGUUACAACAGAGACUACCGACCGUUGCAGCAGCUGGUGUUCCGGAAGAGGACGAACACUCGGAUGAUGAAGAACCCGAUCCAGAAGAAGUUCAAAGGUACUUGAGAAACAGAGGAGGCCAUUUUAGGCACACGCUAUGUUCCGAAGCGCCCUCGCAUGACCUUCCAGAAGAACUCCGACGGAACCUCAUGCAGCACCCGAUUGUCGUACCCCAGCGCUCCGUCCGAAGAGAACGGUUCCACGUGCCGCCUGACCGCGGCAACCCUCACCGCGACAUGAGCCUUUACCCACCGGCGAACUACAUCACGACACGCCGAGCCUCCGACGGCAUGCCGAACCUACACGCCUUCAGGGCCCACUUGGAGCGGGUCGCCGCCGGCGGAAGCAACUCUGGCAGUCAGAAGAGCUCCUUGAAGCAGCUCCACAAAGAGUACCACCAGUUGCAGAAGCUGUGCUCGCCGGUCGACCCCAAGCUGCAGGAGCUCCAGCAGGCGCAGCAUCAACUCCACAAGGAGAAGAUGCUAAACCAGGUGAAACUCGACGAUGAGGAUGAUGUUGCCAGAAGUCAGAGGGAGGAGGAGGAGGAUGACGACGAGAUCUUCAAUCAGUACCACAGUCUUCAACAACGUGGUCGAGCGCCACCAGUGACAUUCCAGCUAGCAGCCCAAGGUGGAAUUGGAAGCGGGACCCCUCCAAUGAUUCCGACGGUCAGGGCGGAUCCUAUAACGGAUAUGCAGACACAAGCUCUUCAACAGCACCUUCAAAGAUUGCACCUCCAACGACAGUGUGACAGCCCACCUAUAAUAAAAAAGUUACACAGUCCGACCAGCCGAGCAAGCCCUCCUGCUUCUAUCAGCCUCCCUGCCCACCCUGAAGAAGUCUUGGAAGUACCCACCGAACCCUCCACUUACCCGUCCAGUAUGCCCAUCGAGGCUAGUCCCACCCUGGACGUGCGGCUGGGUGCCGGCGAUAGACGGCAAUCACAAGGCGGGAGCCAGUCGUGUACGCCGGUCACUCAAGCUGUUGCGUCUGGGGGGAACCUCUCGCAGCGGUCGAGCCCGUUGACGCAAUCAGGGGAUAACUGGUUCGGGAACCGACCGGCUUACUCCUCGCCGUCCCCACCGGUUAUCGUGACCAUGGCAGGUGGGGAGAUGAUGGAUGUGGUACACACAGGAGGGCAGAGUAAUGACUCACUUAAUUUUGUAGUACCGGGGCUGUACUCAAACCAGGGGGGCCGCUCGUCAGAGGGAGAACUUUCAGUUCAGUCUAACGACAUGGUGUCGAGUCUUGCCUAUCAACAGCAGCAGCAACAGCAGCAGCAGUUGCAGAUGCUGCGAGUUGCCCAGUCACUCUGUGAUCAGGAAGCGUUACAGCAGCAGGUUGCUCUGCAGCAGCAGGCUGCCCUCGUUCAGAAUCAAAUCAAUUUCGUCCAAACCCAACAGCCGCAGCCGCAGCAGCAGCAACAGCAGCAGCAGCAGCAGCAGCAGCAGUUGCAACGCCACGUGACUUUUGAGCAGCAGAGUUUAGGAAGUGCUGUUGCUGCUGCUGCAAGAUCUCAGCAGCAGCAGCCCAACAAUCUCCAGCCUCGCAUGGUCAACAAUCAGAUGGGAGCUGCCUUCUUUCAGGCAGGUCAAGACCAGAACCACCUCCACCACCAACAUCAACAUCAGCAUCAACAUCAGCAUCAACAUCAGCAUCAACAUCAGCAUCAACAUCAGCAUCAACAGCGACAAGAGUCAGUGAAUCCAGCUGGGCUGAACGGAGCUCAGAACUUCCACCAUAUACCCACCUCACCCACCCAGCAGCAAGUACCUGCAUCCGUUCAACAGCGCUACCCCUUGCCUAACUUGGUGUCCCCCGUAACAUUCCAAUAUUUACAGGGGAUAAACCACAAUCAGGAGAUUGAUGAUACCGAACUGGUUCAAGCAAUGGAAGAAUCCAACUCAAUGGAAGGUGCUGAGCAGCCGGUAGAGGAAGGGGCACAAGAUUUCCUAGGAUUCGGUUUGACCGAGAGCCAGAUACGACUAGCUUGUCAGGGUCGCAACCACCGUCGUCACAACACCAUGCCCGGAGUAGACGCCCAAGUCCCCACGCAGCUUCUGCGCAGAACAAUACGGGUUCCCUCGGGUGACCUUAGCCAGUUCUUCAACACCACGAACAACAACAGCGUGGACAGCAGCAGUGGUAGCGGCGUUUGCGCCAGCGGCGGGAAGGCAGACAACAGCAGCUCCGGGCAGCAGCAGCAGCACAUCCCACCGUUGAUUGCCCAGGGAAUGAAUCUAAGCUGUAGUAUGACGCUAAGCGAGUCCGAUAUGCUCGUGGAAACCUUUCCCAUCAAACAUGCCAAGUCCUUCUGCAUGACCACAUGCAAAGGACUCAGUGAGAUUGUCGCCGAGAUCAGGAGAACUUUAGACUGCAAGCAGCCGUCGCUGAUCUAUGAGAACAUAGAGAACCUCUUCCACUUACACCAAAAUGGAGUACAGAUGGAGAUGGAGGUGUGCCAGGUACCCGGCUUGGCGCUAAACGGGCUGAAAUUACGAAAACUCUCCGGCGAUUUGAUGCAGUACAACGAACUCUGCAAGGAUAUCCUGGCAACGAUGAAUUUGUAGCAGCAAAUGUUAGUCCCUUUCCCCCCUACAUGUAAGUCACCUUCUUCUCCGGAGUUCUUCCCCCCCCCCCAAUC